AUGUCAAGUAGUGCUGGUGCUACUGCAGUGGAUGAGCAAGGCGAUGCCAAUGUACCUCCGCCUUCGUCUACUGAUCCCACUUUGCCCUUGGUGGAACAGCCCCUUGAUCUCAUCAGACUGUCGCUCGAAGAGAGGAUUUACGUCAAGUUAAGAAACGAGCGAGUACUAUAUGGCAAACUACAUGCAUACGACCAUCACUUGAAUCUAAUCAUGAGUGACAUUGAGGAAGUGAUCACGACAGUUGAAGUGGACGAAGAGACUUAUGAGGAGAUCUAUAAGACGAGUAAAAGAAAUAUUCCACUCAUGUUUGUGAGAGGAGACGGGGUCAUUUUGGUAGCACCUCCCAGCAAGUCCACCUGA